AUGACCAUCACCGAGAGCACUGCACGCACGAUCCCGCCGUUCCCCUUCCCGACGGCGCACACCCCGACCCUGUCGUACUGGCAGGCAUCGAACCGCGGCCCCUCCUCGCUCUGGAACCACGGGCGCGGCGACCCACUCCCCAGUAGCGCCGACUUCGUGAUCGUGGGUGCAGGCGUGGCCGGCGCAUCGCUCGCCUACUUCCUCACGCGAGAAGGCGGCGCAGGCGCAGGCAAGAGCGUCGUGGUCCUCGACGCUGCUGACGUCGGCUCGGGCGCGAGCGGGCGCAACGGCGGCCAUGUGGCGCCGUACUCGUGGCGCGGGCUCGACUACCUCACCCGCUCGUUUGCGGACAGCGGGGCGGGGUUGAGCGAGGCCGACGCGCUCGAAGUCAUCUUCAGCGAGUAUGACAACCUGCAGCUCGUCAAGGAGAUCGUCAAGACUGAGGGGCUGGACGUGCACCUCAAAGAGGUUACGCGGGUGGAAGUCGUACGGACCGAGGAGGGAGCGGCGCGGAACAAGGACCUCAAAGAACAGUUUGACGCCGCGCACGCUCGCAGCCGGCACGCGGGGCGCGAGGUCGCCUGGGAUCUCGUAGACGACGCCGAGGCAGCGCGCAAGCUAUCACGCGUGCGUGACGCGCUCGCUGCGAACAAGAUCCCCGCGGCCUCGAACCACCCUCACAGACUCACGACUGCACUCCUGCGUCUCGCGCUCGAGUCGAGCCACUCGUCUGCGGCGUUCUUCUCCUGGACGCCGGUGCUCUCCCUCUCCCAGGAGGCAGGGCAGUGGACGCUCGACUGUGGCGCGCGCGGGCGCAUCUCCGCCCCAAACGUCAUCCUCUGCACGAACGGGUACACGCGGCAUCUGUUCCCCGACGACUUGGCCCAGGGGAAGGGCAUCGCCAAGUUCGUUACGCCGUAUCGGGGCAAUGCGGCCCUCAUCACCCCGCCCGCGGCGUACAGCGGCGCCGGUGCGCUAGGUAACACGCUCGGGCUCGAGCGGGGCGCGUACAUCUGCCCCACGGACAGCGGGCUCGUGAUCGGCGCGCACAACUCGGCGUUGACGUGGGACAAGCCCGCUAACUGGGCGGACAUCUACGGCGUCGAGAACGACGGCGUCGUGCCGGACAAGUUCCGCGCCUGGCUGGCGAAUCACUGCCGCGAUGUGUUUACUGGCUGGGACGAGGGGCCGCGCGAGGGCCUCGCGCAGGUGUGGACAGGCAUCAUGGGCGCGUCGGCCGACAUGCUGCCCCUCAUCGGCCCGGUGCCCGACAAGCCUGGACUGUGGACCGCAGUCGGGUUCCACGGCCACGGCAUGAGUCGCAUCCUGCUGUGCUCCCGCGCACUGGAGCGCCAGCUCCGCACGGGCGAGUGGGACGAGCGCCUCCCGCGCGUGUUUGAGACGACAGCGGCCAGGUUGGAGAAGGUUCGGCACGCGGCCGACGACCGACCGUGGUUGGGUUAG